GGGCUGUCGCUGGUGCAGCUCAACGAGCUGCUGGAGGAUGAGGUGCAGCUGACGGAGAUGGUGCAGAAGAUGGAGGAGGGCCACCCAGAUAAUCAAGAAUGAUGCCUAAAAAAACCUUUUUGGAUGAAUGAAUAAAUAGAUGAACGAACAAGCACAGAAGACCUCCCAAACAAAUAGAGUAAAACCAGAGACACAGAACGUUCAGCUUAACAAAGAAAUGACGCUUGCCAGCAACCGGAGCCUGGCAGAAGGAAACCUUUUGUACCAACCCCAACUGGACACCCUGAAAGCACGUUUGACCCAAAAAUACCAGGAACUCCAGGUUCUCUUUGAAGCCUAUCAGAUAAAGAAGACCAAAUUAGAUAAACAGUCUAGCAGUGCUUCCUUGGAGACCCUGUUAGCACUUCUUCAAGCAGAAGGGGCCAAGAUUGAGGAAGACACAGAGAACAUGGCAGAGAAGUUUCUGGAUGGAGAACUGCCUCUGGACUCCUUCAUUGAUGUCUAUCAGAGCAAACGGAAACUGGCCCACAUGCGAAGAGUGAAAAUUGAAAAGCUCCAGGAGGUGGUGCUGAAGGGGCAGAGACUCUUGCAGGCCCCAGCCCCGCUGCCGCCUAGGGUGCCUGAGCCACUGCCUGCUGCACCCCUACCCUACCCCACCACAGAGGCCAGUGGGGCCCCCUCUGUCGUGCCUCGGCGCAUCCCCCCACCACCACCCCCAGUGCCUGCAGGACGCUUAGCCACCCCUUUUACUGCUGCCAUGGGCUCAGGACAGGCCAUUCCCUACCCAGGAUUGCAGUGCCCGCCCCUGCCCCCCCGCAUGGGCCUCCCCACUCAGCAAGGAUUCUCUGCGCAGUUUGUGUCACCGUACCCACCAGCUCUGCCCCAGAGACCCCCGCCCCGGCUGCCUCCGCACCAGCCAGGCUUCAUCCUCCAGUGAGCACCGGCGCCCACUGUCCUGGGAGACUCGCUCUGCUGGAUGUGCCAGCUCCUGCACGCAGGAGGCUGCUGUGCCGGGGCUCUGGCGCCCUGGCCGGCGUGUCCAUGUGGUUUAGAACUGUAGGUCAGUGGUGAGUAGACAUAGAAACCCAGAUUUCAUGCACCGAGGCGGUGUGUGUACACCAGGUCUCAGCCUGGCCUCCCAUGCAUCACGCCAGUUGCAUUCUUGGUAUGAUUUCUAAGUAUCAUAGUGUUGAUGAACUUUUGUGUUUCAGAAGAUAAAAGGCCUCUCCCCUGUUCCUGUUUAGAAUCGUGGUCCUCCCAUUGCAGCUUUAUUUAAUAAGCAUGGUUAGUUACAUCUGUUUCAUUUUCAAGACAGCUCUUGGCCACCAGCCACUACCGCCCUGGUGAGGGAUGGUUGGUGUCCACCACCUGAAGGGUGUGCCAUGGCAGGGCUGCGUUGCAGCUGUGUUGCUCACUGAAUCUGGGGCAGGUUGUCACAGUCUCCCCUCCCCCAACCUGGCUGCUUCACAUGCCUCAGAGUCACAAGGAAAGUUUGCACUUGGCCCCCUGCCACGUCGAGGCCAGGAGAGUUGCAGUGCGGGCAUGAGGAGACCAGUGUGAGCUGGUCCUGCCACACAGCCUGUGUCCCCAGCUCCUGCUCUCCCUCCUUCGAGCUGGCCUUGAGGGUUUCUAUGAAGAAAUACUCCUCCAAUAUUUUUACUACAUGUGGAAUUUUCCUGUUUUAUAUUGGGAAAGAAAACAUUUUUGACACUCAAGAUCAUUCAGGGAAACUUUAUAAAGUGCAAAUAUUGUUUUGGGCAGAUUGAAAUGCAGCUAAAGUGAAUGCAGUUUCCUUUCGUGCAAGCAGUGCAUGAUCACACCUGCAGGCGGCCGUGCUGUGCCUUAGCUUCACCUGGUGCCAGGACUCUGAUGCCCGUGAGGGGCCAGCCAGGGCUCUCCUGUGGGGUUCUGGGCUGGGCAGGGCUCCCGGCUGCCCAGCAUUCCUGGAAGAGCUUGUCCGAGUUCAUUGCUUUGUUAACAGGUGGAAGAGAAGUCCGGCCACCUUGAACCAGGAUACUCUUAGCCAAUAUUUUCUGCCUCCUACUGGCUGGUGGAUGGGCCCUAGGGUGGGUGGGCCCAGGGUUGGGCAGUGUUUAAAGAAAGCCACCCCACAGGUGGGGGCAGGGGGCACCACCUCUUCCUUCCCCUCUGGGAUCUCAUCUGUGUGCGCCACGUGUGCUGAAUUCCUUGCCCACUGGGGGGGUGUAGCCCUACUCACCUGUUGACAGAAAAGGGCUAUGUGUUCACGGGUGGAACUUCCAGCCCCACCCUCACCCUGACACCUGCGUCAGGUGGCCAGGGCCUGACCCAUGACCAGCUUCCAGCUGGCUGCCACCUAGGGUGACAAAAUCAAGACAGAUCUGAGACACAGGGUCUGUCCCAGUGAGCCACCUGAGAGGCCACCAACCUUUGUCCUCAAUUACUGUACACUUGUAGACUUGAACUCUACUGUGUUGUAACUGUUUUUUUUAAGGAAACAAAGCUGUAUAGGCUGAUCCAUUGCCAUGCCAAUCAGGUGGGCUUGCCAUGUUCUGUGAAUCUCAAGUGCGCGGUGCCACCCACUCUCUGUAUACCUCUGCUGCCAGCCGCUGUUGUGGGUGCCCACAGCCUGGCAGCGGGCCACAGCCAAACGUGAGCUUGGUGUUGAUAUUGUGAGGGGCCGCCAGGCAGGCCUCGCCAUUGCUGUCCAGGGCCACAUCUGGCGCUGUGGUUGUAAAGCUGUAGGACCCUUUUUAAUAAAUAGACAAUUAUUAAUAACA